ACCCUUGGGAACUCCCUCUGGCGUUGAACGUGAAGAAACUGAACAUUCCACCCCGAACUUCAGUAGCGAAGAUGGCGGAGACCGAGUUGAACGUGGACAGUAUCAUCUCUCGGCUUUUGGAAGUGCGGGGAUGUCGUCCUGGGAAGAUCGUCCAGAUGACGGAGGCGGAGGUGCGGGGUCUGUGCAUCAAGUCCAGGGAGAUCUUCCUCAGCCAGCCCAUCCUGCUGGAACUGGAGGCCCCACUGAAGAUCUGUGGUGACAUCCAUGGGCAGUACACAGACCUGCUGAGGCUGUUUGAGUACGGAGGCUUCCCGCCCGAGGCCAACUACCUGUUCCUGGGGGACUACGUGGACCGAGGGAAGCAGUCCCUGGAGACCAUCUGUCUCCUGCUGGCCUACAAGAUCAAAUACCCGGAGAACUUCUUCCUGCUGCGGGGAAACCACGAGUGUGCGUCCAUCAACCGCAUCUACGGCUUCUACGACGAGUGUAAGCGCAGGUUCAACAUCAAGCUGUGGAAGACCUUCACGGACUGCUUCAACUGUCUCCCCAUAGCCGCCAUCAUCGACGAGAAGAUCUUCUGCUGCCAUGGAGGCCUGUCACCUGACCUGCAGUCCAUGGAACAGAUUCGUAGGAUCAUGAGGCCAACAGAUGUCCCAGAUACAGGCCUGCUGUGUGACCUGCUGUGGUCAGACCCAGACAAGGACGUCCAGGGCUGGGGCGAGAACGACCGCGGGGUCUCCUUCACCUUUGGAGCGGACGUAGUCAGCAAGUUCCUCAACCGCCAUGACCUGGACCUCAUCUGCAGAGCCCAUCAGGUUGUGGAGGAUGGAUAUGAGUUCUUUGCCAAGCGCCAGUUGGUUACCCUUUUCUCCGCUCCCAACUACUGCGGGGAGUUUGACAACGCUGGCGGCAUGAUGAGUGUUGAUGAGUCCCUCAUGUGUUCUUUCCAGAUCCUGAAGCCCUCAGAGAAAAAGGCCAAGUACCAGUAUGGAGGGGUGAACUCUGGGCGCCCCGUCACCCCGCCCCGCACUGCCCAGGUCCCUAAGAAGAGGUGAACACACAGCCUGUUCCCAACCCAGACCCCACGUCCCCUUGCCUCCCCAACCUCCUUCGCUGCAAGCCCAGUAAACUCAUGGAAGAUGCAGGGCCUAUCCAUACUCCCCCCAUCCCCUCCCUUUCUCUCUUUCUCUCUCUCUCUUCCCCUACACUCAUUGUCUUUUUUCUCCCUAUAUUCCACCCUCCUGACGACUCUUUUCUGUAUGUGUACAUAAAUUUGCUGUGACCAAU